AUGCGACCAGACGGACCUCGCGAACUGAUUGCUGGUCCUGACAGCGGGCCAGCACCGCCAUUUCCACUGCGCCUGAACGGCAAGGUCAUCAAAGGUUUCGGGCGUGGAAGCUCAGAGCUCGGAAUCCCGACCGCAAACAUUCCCCUUUCUGGCCUCUCCGUCGGCGGUCACGAGGAUGUCGAGUCGGGUGUCUACUUUGGCUGGGCGGGCCUCUCUCCCUCGAAAGCGAUCAGUCAGCAACCUCCUGCCAGCGACUCCAAGUACAAGCUCAUGGACGCCGAUCAAGGCGCCGUAUAUCCCAUGGUCAUGUCCAUCGGCUGGAACCCUUUCUACAAGAACACCGUGCGGAGCGUGGAGGUUCACAUCAUGCAUCAGUUCGAUACGGAUUUCUACGAGAGUCAUAUGAAUGUGUACAUUCUGGGCUUCAUCCGGCCGGAGCUCGACUACGUGAGCAAAGAGAGCUUGAUUGAUGAUAUCAAGACGGACAUAAAUGUGGCGGGCAGGAGUCUGUCAAGACCGGCAUAUGCCAAGUUUAUUGGUGAUCCGUAUCUGCUGGAUUUCAAGGACAAAGAUGAGAUUGCUAGCUAG